GUAGAGGAAAGAUACAUGGCGGAGGCAGAGAAAUCCGUGCGCCCCAAGUCAUCCAAGGUGUGGGAGCAUUUCACACUAAAUAAACAGAAAAAGUGUGUUAACUGCAAAAUAUGCAAAAGCGACAUGGCAUGGCACGGGAGCACCACGGCAAUGAUCCAGCACCUGAAACGCAAACAUGUUGGAGUCUUUGAUGAGGAGGAAGGGAGUUCAACAGCAGGAAAAAAACAGCAAACCAUGAGAGGCUUCUUGAUGGGAAAUGCAUCAUGUACACCACAGCAAGCCGCUAUCUUGACGGAUAGUAUCCUCAACAUGCUCGUCACUGACAUGAGGCCUCUGUCAAUGGUUGAAGAUGAUGGCUUCACUAAAAUGAUCCACACCUUGAACCCUGGUUACACUCUGCCCUCCAGGACUCACUUCACAAAGCUCAUGGAGAGAAAAUAUGAAGAGACAUUCAAAGAAGUGAAAACUGCAAUAAACACCAACAACAGCAAACUUGCUCUCACCACUGAUGUAUGGACAAGUGUAGCAACUGAAGCCUACCUUGGCAUUACAUGCCACUACAUCACAGAUGACUGGGACAUGCAGUCAUUCUGCCUCACCACCAUGCCACUGCAUGACAGACAUACUGCAUCUAACAUUGCAGAGUGGUUGGAGCAGGUAGUGGCCAGAUUUGAAAUUCCUCCUAGCAAAAUCAUUGCCAUAGUCCAUGACAAUGGUGCUAAUAUCGUGGCUGCAGCAAAUAUCCUGGAGGAGAAGCAUGGGUGGUCCUCUGUCCGUUGCACUGGCCAUACUUUGCAACUUGUGAUCAAUACUGCGUUGAAGCAUCCAAGCAUUGAAAAAGCUGUCGGGGCUGCAAGAUGUCUGGUAGAACAUUUUAAGAAAAGCGAGCUAGCCAGCAGUAAACUCAGAGAGAAACAACAACAAAUGGCCACACCAGAGCACAGCCUUGUUCAAGACAUAAGCACAAGGUGGAAUAGCACAUUCUAUAUGAUAAGUCGACUGCUUGAGCAAAGGUGGCCUGUAACAGCAACACUGUCCGACAGCUCUGUCACACAGAGAGGCAAAAGGUACCUGGAUCUGAAACCAGACCAGUGGAGCCUGCUGGAAGAGCUUUCAACAGUGCUCAAACCUUUUGAAUGUGUCACUGUGUUCAUGAGUGGACAGAAAUAUGCAACAAUAUCUGCAAUACCUCCACUUGUGAAGGGGCUGUUGAAGUCCACCCAGAGUGCUGUCUACGAGUCAGCCCCGCUGCGGGCUUUCCAACUCACUGCGGUGCAGCAGUUGCAGGAGAGAUGGAAAAGGGAGACUGCUUUCUCAGAUGGAGCACCAAACACAGUGAUUUUUGCCUGA